UUUGCUUCGUAUGGGCGUGCAAUCCUCCUCCAUUCCUCCUUGCAAAGAACAGGGAAAGAUCUCAUCAUGGAAGUCCAAAAGAGUGCUGUCGACAUCGUAACAGUAGAUGGCCAUGAAGCUCGUGGUCUUGUGGCUUCAGGAAAUCGCUACUUGGAUGUAAGGCUGGAGGAGGACUUCGAGAAAGGACAUGUAGAGGGUGCUUUGAAUAUUCCCUACUACUCAUCUGUUACUCCUCAAGAGAAGGUGAAGAACCCUCGGUUCAUCGAGCAAGUCUCGUCGCUCUUUGGAAAAGAUGAGGUUUUUAUUGUGGGUUGUCGAUCGGGAGUGCGAGCAAAACGAGCGACCGUAGAUCUCCUCGAUGCAUUUCAUUUUGCAGGGUUUUGGAAACGUCAAGUAUCUUGCAGGAGGCUACCUUUCAUGGCUGAAGAGCACAAAUGAAGAAGCAUAACAUUGUGAUUUCACAAUCCAUGGAGUCUUGUCUUGCUGUGUGGUUGGUGUUACAAUAAUACUGUGAUCGAUUGUACUACCAGAAACGAUGCCAUUUCUCCAAAGACCUGAUGGAGAUGCUUAUUAUAUUUCUAUAUUAAAUGCCAUUUUCUCGUUUCGCUUUUA